AAUUUGGGCGUGUAGCAGACCUCGCAUUGCCCAGGCAUGAAUCACAGCUGUAUUAGUGCAGUUAAAAGUGCUCUCUCAAGCUGCAUUAAGCGGUUAUCAUCUGAGAUCACUGCACACUCUGCACAAAUUCAGCCAUGUCUAAGCUGGAGAAAGCCAUUGUGUCAAUAGUGGAAGUGUUUGAGGAGUAUGCCGGGACAGAUGACAAAAAGAGAGAGCUGAGUGGUGCAGAGCUCAGCGAGCUGCUAAAGAGCCAAUUGAGCAGCCCUGAUUUCAAGGAUAAGAUAGACAAAGACGACAUCACAGAAGCCCUGGACAAAAUCGACAAGAACCAUGAUGGCCAGGUGAACUUCCGCGAGUUCAGUCAGUGCGUGGCACUUCUUGCCAGGGGCUACUUCAGGAAGAAGCAUGGCAAGGGAAAGGGCAAAGACAAGGGCAACCAAUAAAGACCUUCAUACAUGCUCUUAUUAUGACGUUAGUAUAAGUAUUAGGGUCAGUAGAAGCUUUGUGAUGUACACCUGCUCAGCGCUUCCUGUAGUUAAUACACAUGCAAGGCAUGUUCAGCCCCACUCAUGGUCUAAAGUAGAUACAUCUUAGUAAAUAUAAUAAAGCAUAAACAAACA